UAGCGGGAAAUGUUAACUCAGCAAAAAAUGUGGUAAACAACACUGUCACUGGUCUACUGUCUUCAGAUAUUAUUCUAUUAUAAUUGUUAAAAAAAAAACAGCAACCCGUCAAGAAGCCUAGUGGUAAACGGCCAAUCCCUUUAAUUUUGGAUGUUGAACGACAUAUUUGAUGUAUUUAAAAGAUGAGUGAUAUUGAUUCACAAGAGGAAAAUGAUGAAGACUGGGCAGACACUAAUUGGGCUGAUCCUUAUGAUAAUAGUCCAAAGAAAAAUAAGAUGGAUGCAAUAGGAUCUGUAAUGAAUGUCACACGCAUAGAAAAAAUGAACAUGCAGCCAAUACAAGAAAAUCAGUUAGAUGACAAUCAAAACUUAUCAGAAAGUGACAACAAAGCUGGAGAAAAUUCAGGUCUAAUGAAUCGUAUGAGAUUAAAUGAUAACAAAGCUGGAAUGGAUGGAUUGGACAAAAAAAAGAUCAAUCAAGUCAUUCUUGAAGCAUCAAAAGGAUCAAGAUUUUAUGAAAAUGAAAGAAAGAAAGAACAACAAAUGAAUAAAAGGAUAGAAGAGCAGAAAAUCAAGUUACAACAGAUAACAGAGAGUCAGCUUAAACAGGGAAUAAUUGAAGCAGAUAAACUCCUGGAGGAAUUUGAGAACACCAGAGAUAUAAGUAAAACCAUUGUUCAUAUUGAUAUGGAUGCAUUCUAUGCAGCAGUUGAGAUGAAAGACAACCCAGCACUGAAGGAUAAACCUAUGGCUGUCGGUGGCAAUUCUAUGUUGUCCACUUCUAAUUACCACGCAAGGAAAUAUGGAGUGAGGGCAGCCAUGCCAGGAUUUAUUGGUAAAAAAUUGUGUCCAGAACUUAUUAUUGUACCAACACACUUUGAUAGAUAUACAGAGAUCAGUAAGCAAGUAAGAGAAGUAUUAGCUGAAUAUGAUCCAAAUUUCUCUCCAAUGAGUUUAGAUGAAGCCUAUUUAGACAUGACAGAGCAUUUUGAGAAGCGAUUUCAUCUGUCGGAAUAUGAACGAACAGUAGUAUGCAGAAAAACUGAUGGUUGUAGUAAAACUGAAUGUAAUUGUGAUUUAAACCUGAAAUUGAAACCUUUAUUAUUGUAUCAUGAACUCAGUAGACAUAACAGCUCUCCUUCAACAAAUACUGCAGUUAAAACUGAUCAUAACAGUGAAAAACUGUCAACAACAAUAUGUCCUCUUUGUGGAAAACCUUAUCCAGAUUAUCACCUUGUGACCUUUGGUAUGUCACCUGAUGAUUCUGUGAAUGAGAUGAGAGCAAAAAUAGAGCAGAAAACUGGUUUGACAGCAAGUGCAGGUAUUGCACCAAAUACGAUGUUGGCUAAAGUUUGUUCUGAUAAAAACAAGCCAAAUGGUCAGUAUAGAAUAUUACCUGAUAGAGACACAGUUAUGGAAUUUAUUACAGAUCUACCAACAAGGAAGAUUAGUGGUAUUGGUAAAGUGAGUGAGACAAUGUUAAAUGCCCUAGGUGUUUACACGUGUAAAGAUUUGUAUGAGCAGAGGGCACUGUUAUAUCACUUGUACUCGCCCAUAUCAUUUAACUACUUCAUGAGAAUAUGUCUUGGUAUAGGCUCUACAUUUGUUGAGAGGGACAGUGAAAGAAAAAGCAUCAGUACUGAAAGAACAUUCAAUGAGAUUAGUAAACCAGUAGAGUUAUAUGCUAAAUGUGAAGAACUGAGUGAAGCAUUGUCUGAAGAUUUAAAAGAUGAAGAGUUAAAGGGUAAAACAGUUUCUAUAAAGAUAAAAACAGUUGAAUUUGAAGUGAAGACAAGAGCACACACUUUGAAAGACUACACUAGUGACAGUGAUUUAAUUUAUGCUGCAGCAAAAGAAUUACUGAGGGUUGAAAUACAGGCUGUAGCACCUAACCCUCUUAGGCUUAGACUUAUGGGAGUUAGAAUGUCAAGUUUGUUACAUCAAAACCUGUGUAAAAAGAAGCAGAAUACAAUUACUGGAUUUAUCAAACGUAUGGGAGCAGUCAAACAGAAACAACAGGAAUACAGUGACAGUGCUAUGUCUGAAAGUGAAAGUGAAAGUAAAAAUGCAGAGAGCACUGUGUAUCAGGAACAAACCUUAAAAAAGUCACAUGUUUGUAUGGUCACAGAACAAAAUUUGGAAAGGUCACAUGACUGUUUUUCCACAGGAGUUAAAAAUGUUGAAAUACCUGUCAAAGAUGAGUCAUCAGAUGGUGAACAAAAUGAUGAAAGACAUGUAGAUUUUGAUAUAAGUAUGAUAAAGUGCACCAAUGAGAAAGUUUCAGAUGUCAUAAAAAGGGAUGCCAUGCCUCAUCAAACAAAAUCUCACAGGGAAGAUAUCAAAUUACAGGAAACUAGUAUAUUAAUUCAAGGAAUUAGGGAAGACAUUGCAAAUGUUAAAGAAAAAGAAUUGAAAAAUAGCAUUGGUGAAAGUAAAGACUUGAGUAAUGAGAGCUGUAAUAAUCAGGAUUGUACAAUUUCUACAAAUACUGCAUUGGACAGUUAUGUUUGUCCUGUGUGUCAGGAUUGUAUUGAAUGUAAAGACCUUACAAUGUUUAAUCAACACAUUGAUGUCUGCUUGAACAAAAAAGUUGUAAAGGAUUAUUCAAAAAUUGCAAAUGACGAGGACAGAUCUUUUAAGAAAUUCUUCUCCCCAAAAAAGAAAUCUAAAUCUUUGCCAAAAGCUAAAGCCAAGAAAAAUACAGUUCAAUUUACUCCAAUUUCAUCGUCUUUAGUAUCACAGUUUUGCAAACAAAAUAUUGAAAAAAGUUAUGAAACUUCAAAAGAAGAGAAAGAAUUGAAAAAUUCUGAAGGAUUGAUUGUUGACAUUGAUUCUGAUUCUGAAAGCAAUUCAGAAAAAUCUAUUUCAGUUAAAAAAUCAAAAACUGUCAGUGUCAGCAACAAAACUAAAGGAAAACAACUAAAGAAAGACAGCACUCCAUCUAGAACUGGCAGUCCUAACAAAGAAAAUAAAGGGAAAAGUUCAGAAAUAAACCAAAGUCUCUCCAUUCAAGGUUCAUUCCAAGAUUGUUGUGAUGGACCAUAUUUGCCAUCUGGAGAUGCAGACUCAAUGUUGUCUGUUAAAUUGAGCAAUUCUAAAUCAACCAAUGAUGAGAUGGAGAACUUAAAUUCAUCUAAGUAUUUGAUAUGUCCUGUAUGUUUUAUGGAACAGAAAGGCAGUGAUUUGGAUAUUUUCAAUGAACAUGUGGAUACAUGUUUAUCUAAAGAUGAGAUUUCGAAAAUUGUUAAAAGUGAGAACAGCGUCCUUUCAAAACCACAGAAAAGUGAGAAAAAAAUAAUGUCAAAACCACAAAAAAGAACCUUGGAUUCACCUUCAGGAAAGCAAGGAAAUAAAAGGCAAAGGACCAAAAAUGACAUUCGAACCAUUGAGUCUUUCUUUAAAUCUUAAUCAUUCCAUUAAUAUAUUGCUUUCAUUCUACAGUGCAUUAUUGUAAUAAGAUUUAUAGAACAUAUAUUUUGUUUUCAAAAAUAGUACAUGUACAUGUACCAAUAAAAUCAGUCUUUUU